AUGAAUGGGCUCACUUUGUCAAGAAAGAUCCUUCGAUCCGGUUAUUUCUGGAUGACUAUGGAGAAUGACUGCUCUUGGGGUAUGGAUGUCAUCGGUCCGAUAGAGCCAUCCGCUUCAAAUGGAAACAGAUUCAUUUUGGUUGCUAUUGGUUAUUUCACCAAGUGGGUGGAAACAACUUUUUACAAGUCGGUAACCAAGAAAGUUGUGGCUAAUUUUAUUCGCAACAAUCUGAUAUGCAGGUUUGGGAACUCAACCGCUUAUCGUCCUCAAAUGAAUGGAGCUGUAGAGGCCGCUAAUAAGAAUAUCAAGAAGAUUCUUAGAAAGAUGAUUGAUAAUCACCGAGGCUGGCAUGAGAUGUUACCAUAUGCUUUAUUGGGCUAUCGAACGACCGUCAAAACAUCUACUGGAGCUACUCCGUACUUACUAAUAUAUGGAACAGAGGCAUUCAUACCUGCUGAAGUUGAGUUACCGUCAAUGAGAAUCAUCCAAGAAGCUGAGUUGAGUAAAGCUGAAUGGGUUAGAAAGAGAACGGAGUAG